CAUGUGCUACUGUCUCAACUACGUUCCACUGAUUUGUUUUACCUUUAAAUCCCUGAAUGAAAAUAACAUGGAGCAUGCUUUAACAUUACUAUCACGCUCUCCCACAGCCGCAAAAUAGACAAAUAGUUCAUUAAUUUUCUCAAUCACAGUUUGAGGGCUUGGAGUUUGAAGUAUGAUAGGCGCAUUUAGUAAAACGUGCGUUCCAUCAUGCUCGUAAUGUGUUAGCCAAGGGUUAAACCCAUAAUAUAUUAUGAUCUAAUGAGGGUAAGUGUAGUGGGUUUUUUGCCAAAAUUUUACAUAGUCUGAAAUUUAGCGUUUUUAACCCUAAUUGUAUUAUACUCAUGAUGGCGCACAUUACCCAAGCAACAAUAGGGAAGUGACAUUCACUACAGAUACUCAAUGUGAAUUUUAAGCUGAAAUCGACAGAACUGUCACUUGUUUUGUUUGUUUUCGGUAAACAGUUAUGCCCGUUACAAUUUUUUUGAUGAUACUUCUAAGCUGCCAGCUUUGUUUUUUGGAUAUUUUGAUAUUUUCGUCAAGGUUUUCCCAAAAUUUAUCAAAACGUUACCUGGGAUGUAUCUUUUAUUCACGCUGUACGGUGGAGAGCCGCGAACGUCUUGAAAUCCGUGUACGUAUUUUCUAUGUUUGUUGACUUUAUCAACCAUACCUAACUGCUCUCCACUUUUUCAUCUUAUUUUCAGAUUUGACAAUACUGUAUGUUGUUAUGUCAACCAAUCAACUUUCAAUUAGUUGAAAAACUUGCUGAAAAAUCUUUUAAAUCAAACCGAUAUCAGUCAUAUAAAAUACAAACAGACCAUCUUUUAUGCCUGUCAAAUACUGAAGUCUUCUGUCCUUUUUUAAAGUCAUAUGGUUUAUCACUUUAACAAUCAUUUUAAUGUAUUAGCGAGCACUUUAAGCUGUGCAAAAGGUCACUGUUUAAUACUAGUAUUAUUUCUCCUGACUUGUUUUAAACAUCUGUUCGAAUCCAGUCUAUUUCUAGUGUAGUUGUCCAAUGACAUGUUUUUAAUUUGAUUGAGGCAUAUGACUUAUCAAUUUUAACAAUUGGUCAUUAGUUAAUUUUAAAUUAGUCACUGCCUAAUUUUUUCUGCAAUAAACUCUGAAUGUAUACUCUGAUUGUAUUAUUUUAUUUAUAUUUACUUGAAGGUAUACCAUAUGGUGUUCAAUCACGAUUUCUACCUCUUAUAUUUCGCAAUAAAGGUCUCUCACUUACUUCAUUAGGUCUACAUAAACUCCUUCAUAUUCCUUGGCUACUUAAAAGCUUUUAUGCUCCGGUAAUUGACAGACAUGUGAACAAAAGAGUGUGGUUAUUUAUCACUUUCAGUGGUUUGUUUUUUUGCACAGUCUUAUUACUUCACGAAUGUGAACAAUUGGUCAGUGGAAACAAUUAUUUCAUGUUCACUAUUUCUUCUUGUCUUUUUAUGUAUAAUUUUUGGGCAGCUUCACAAGACAUUACUGUUGAUUCACUGACCUUGUCCACCUUAACAUCGAGUCAAAUCUCUUUAGGGAAUACUAUACAAGUUGUUGGCUACAAAUGUGGAGCUAUUAUUGGCGGUGGAUUUCUUGCUUGGUUAUCAGCUUUUGUAGAAAUCAGCUAUCUUUUCAUAUCACUUAGUUGCUUAUAUGCUAGUGGGAUGUGCUUUUGUUUGAUCGGAAAGUAUUGGAAAUUUUGUAAUGUAAAACAAUUUCACGAAAAAACGUAUAUUCAAGUAAAUGAGAAUGAGAAUUCAGACGAUGAACAAAAUUUAACUAUUGUGUCAAAACGAUAUUCGUACACAAAAGCCUUCAAAAUUGCCCUGGGUCAUUCAGGUGGUUCACGUUGUCUUAUUGUUCUUCUGUUGAUUUAUAAACUUGGAGAGCAAGGAUCUAUGAAUAUGCUACCUUUGAUGCUUUUAGAUAGAGGAUUUUCUCUAUCUAAAGUUGGAUUUUGGACAGGUGUUGUUGGACAGUUGGCAUCUAUAAUUGGGUCUACAUCUGGAUACUAUAUCCAGAAAAAGCUCAGAUCUCCGCUAACUUCAGUUCUAAGCCUGAUGAUAAUUCGGGCUUGUUUACAAUUCCCUCUAACAAUGAUUGCUUUCAAAUCUAUUUGGAUAAGUGCACCUAACGUUUCUUUCUGGAUAGGUUGUUCAUUAAUGAAUAUUUUACUAGUUGUGAGUGGAGGGAUUACAACAAUUAUGUUCACGUUGAUGAUGCAUUGUACAU